CAAAGCGCCCUGUUGGGAGGUAUGCACCUCAAACGGAAUCGCUCAAGUAAUUUUCGUUCAGUGCAUUAUUUUUCCGUGACUGGAACGGUCAAGAAAUUUAACACAGCAAGCCCCAUUUGAUUUGACGUUUCGUUUCGGCUCCGUACUAGGAUCCGGAAUAAAGCGACGCUUUUUUAUUUCUUGAGCGAUUCCUUGCAUGAAUUUUCCACGCAUCGAGAUAGGCCAAGAAAUUUCUUGCAAUCUCCGUACUACCCAACAUGAUGGAAAAUUUGGAAACAGGUCUGAAUCUCGCGCGUAUCUUUCAAUCCGGUUAAAAGUAGUCGCGAGUCGCCAAACUACAUAGAAGGUAGCAUAGCUGUAAGCACAUUUCGAAGAGAGUGAACAUUAGUAUUCUUGUACUCUACUGAGGCGGUUUGUACAGUGCUAUUGAUCAAGACCCUGGAUAGAGGAAGCUAAAAUUCGAACAAGUCAGAAAAGGAAGUGCCAGCAGUUUCACUAGGUGUAUUCACCACCCUUGUACAAUUCCGCGAUGGACAGUGAAGUUUUCCCAAUCCAAGGCCUUCCGGAUGAAGUGCUGGAGCACAUUUUCUCAUUUCUUCCGUUGUCGGAUCGAAAAUCGGCUUCGCUCGUAUGUACAAAGUGGGAAAAUUUGGCGUUCAGUCGUCGAUUCUUGCGCAAAGUGGUGCUCGAAAUCCAAUUAGAGUAUCCAGAUCCAAUGCUAUAUCAAGUACCAUUCCUGCGCAGAAGUAAACGCCGCUAUGUAAAUGUAUUCGCUGUUAUUUACCGCAGCAACUUCUGUUUCAAAAUUUUGAUGAUGAUUUUGGAACUCUUCGCUGCAGAUGUGGAGAGUUUCCACUAUCUGGGACAUUUGGACACGAAGCAGUUGAGUACGGUAUUGAGCCGUUUGUCGAAUCUGCAGCAGCUGACAGUUGGGUGUAACAUGGAUGACACGUCACCUCCGUUGGAUUCGCUUAAAGAAUUGCAGAUCGAAAGUCUAGAUGCUCCCAACGUGACCCAGCUCGGCAUCAGAUUAUCAGCACCAGCGGAAGCAAGAAAUAUCCUGCCUGUUAUGCGACGACUGGCUCCACAGCUUAAGAACGUGGAUUUGCAUUCCACGGGUUAUUUCAUUCCUUUGGGACAGCUGCAGUUUCCAAAAGCCGAAGUGCUAAAUAUUGGCGGAAGACUGUGCGAAACGGAAAACAUUCGGGCUCUACGAACAUUCUUCGCUGGAUUUAAGCUUUUGAAGGAAGUGAGACUCGAUUCCUCCAUGCAAGAGAUAGCGCUGGAUUUGAUAACGAGUGAGUGCCCCUCAAUCGAAUUACUCGAAUUUAAUUGUCCCCGCUUCCAUCCGAUUCCAUUUCAUUUGUUGGGGCGCCUAAAAUACUUGAAGACAUUACGCCUCGGAGAAGUCCAUGAUGUUCCAGAUAUCAGCUUGGAAUGCAGCCCAAUGGUUAGCGUGAAAACUCUUAGUCUGGAGCUUUCCGAUUGUGAAGAGAGUUCGAUUGAACGACUACGACACCUGCUACCGAACGUAAUCGCCAUAGAUGUAGCACUGCGAGACGAAUGGUACACCGAGAAGGGACUAAGACACAUCUGCCAAAACUUCCGCGGACUUCAACGUUUGAAAAUUUCUGACAGGGACUCUUGGCUUAUACGGCGCAUCAACAGUCUUCGUGUUUUGCAGCACCUAGAGCACCUGGAAGAACUUACUUUUAUGUUCAUUCGCACACGGAUAAUAGAGAUACCACCGAACGUACAUCUUAAACGAUUUGUGAUGCACUAUCCCGAGCAGUUGUCCAACGACGAUUUGCUUGAGUUGGCGAGGCAGUACCCAAACCUGCGAUACCUUCAGCUGGGACCGAAAAGACAAGUAACAUCUGAGGGGAUUGAAGCUUUUAAAUCACUACUGGUGAACUGUGCGGUGCAUUGUGACAACCCGAGCAGCGAAUGGGGUUUAUGAAAUUAGAUGAUUGUUUACAACUAACAAGACAAGUAAGUCGAUUUUUCUUAAGUAUUUCGAUGAGCCUAGUGUUUAAUAAAUAAAAUUAGCUGAAACCCGGUCGUAUGUAACUUGAACUGCUUCGCAGUGGUGUCAUCUAGGUAACACCAAGUUACUCACUGAGUAACCAGCUCUUGAUAUAUAAACAAAAGUUUCAAUACCCCCUAUGAACGCUCUUAAAAUGUUUACCAAUAUAGAAAAAUUUACCUACGCACUUUUCUCCAUUUCAUUUUUAUUAUUCUUUCACUUUUCUUGGUAUGAGAAAAUCAUCAUUUUUACGAUAUUUAUGCGAUAUUAAACUUCAUCUCUGAUAUUAACAUAUUUUGUGCUCCUAUUCGUUAUCGUGUAUACAAAAAAUUAGCUCUGUGAUUCUAGAACAGCUGAAAAGCCUCUGAUAUUAUAGAUCAUAUAUAUAUAAAUUUUCAAACUUGUUCGCAACCUAGCCAAUACUAUCAUAUCUAUCAUUUCAAUACUACUUUGAACUCUAUUUCCCUUACACUCUGAGAAGAAAAUGACCGAUAAAACCAUAAAAUGAUUAACUUAAAUACAUAUGGAAAUAAUUCGUGCUACUUUAGCCGGGUCAUGAGUUUGAUUCCCAGCCUCAGCAAAUUCUGGUAACUUUCAUAGAAUGUAUUGAUUAAAAAUAUACCAUUUUGCUUCCAAAGAUGAACAUUGUUCGGUACUUAACCUCACAUUUGAUCGCGAAAAUAUUCUCGAGGGCAAAAUGUGAUAUUGAAAAAAGGACGAGCCACAUAUUAUUCAGAAGAUUUAUUUAAUCCAUAGAAAUAUUCACAGUCACACGCACACAUUCCGACUCGUUCUUCCUCUCUUUCUCUCAAACAUAUUUCUAAAUAAGUUAUUCAUACCUACAGGUUCUUACGGCUAAGUAGUUGGACAAUUCAGUAGAUCUAGGAGUAGUUUUUUCUUUAUCGAACUUCUUUAAUGGCAUACGACUUGCAGUGUUUUUUUUUUCUCUUCAAUCUAAUACGGUAAAUUUUGCACUUCUGUCGGAUGAAGUUAAACUUACUUGUUUGUUGUUAUCACUUACAACUUAAAGGCUAAUGCUCAUAUAUCUCUUAAGCAGGUGUAUACAAAUUAUUUGCAUUUAAAGUAAUACAAAACAUACAAAAAAAUACAGAGGAAUGGAAGGGUAGAUUCUUACUUUCUGUACACAAAAUCUCAGGGGAAAGAAAAACUAUCGUCAGUACGCUGAAUACGGUUCAAUAAAAAAGAUGGACCUGAAAUGGACGUCUUCAUUACCAUAUCAAAUCUACCAACCUAGGAGAACUACCUAGGUGUCUCAAAUUCAAUAUCAACGGCUAUCUAUAUGUUUUCUGCUUCUGGCGGAAGAUUGAGUCUAGAGGACAUUUCCUAGACAGCUGUAGAAAUUUCGGUGUGUUAUGCUUGGCGGUAGCGUGUGGUAGGAUGGAUGGUGGGUGGUGUUCCAAAGUUUCAAGUCUUCGUAAAGUUUGGUCUUUCGUGCAAACUAAGUGAAAGCCAGAAACAGUUAUAUUGCUUUUUAUUAGGAAAACGUUAUUCAGUACGUUAGUACUUUAUUUAGAUUGACAAAAUUUUUUGGUUAAUGAAAAGCUGCAUUUUGCUGUCUUUGUGGUAAGUUGCUAAAACUGCAAAUGCAUUUUCAUUGCCUUAGUAGAGAUACUUUUCUCAUGCCACGAGAAAAGGUCCUAUAAGAGUGCAAGUGCAGUUUUUGGAAUGGGCAAACCUAAACUGAGAAAUGGUUCGAUUGCGUGAAAACAUUCUAAACGGUAUUUAAUGGGAUUUCUUGACGAUUGUAAAUUGUUGAACUUUUGGUUGGAGGUUUGAUUUGAAAGAUUUAAGCUUGAGAUAAAAUCCUAUGAGUUAGUGAAGUAAUUUGGCCAAACUUUGGAGAAAAUUGGUUAAACUUUUCAUGAAGAGUGUGUGGGAACGUAGAAGAUCAAAGGAACAAUACCUUCAAAAGGCUACGCAUUAAGAGAAACGGUAUAUCACACAGAUGACAUCUGAUUCCUUCAGAAGAAAGAUAAAAAGGCGGAGGAACUCCAAAAUCGCGACUUAGUGAGUAAAAAGAAGAUGAGAAGUCAGUCAGCGCAACUCUGUUCUCAAAAAGGAAGCCAACCGCUCAUGCAGAUGAGAUAAGAGAGUGUGUCUCUCCAGUCAAUAAAGGUAAGAAUGCCGCAACACUGGUCUUCUCUACGAUAACUUACGGUUCCUUAAUGGGACAAUGAUAAAUAUUACCCACUUGUUCUUGGCGUACGACUGGAAAUAUGAUGAACGGAAGAGAUGAAAAAAGUUACUACAAAAUCAUCUAAAAAAAGCCCAGAUCAUUACCAAACGAUAGUAACAAAAACAGACAAUUUACGAUGGAAUCGAUAGACCAAUUUUUUCCUUGAAAAAGACCACAUCCCAUGGCCGAAACGUUGCGAGAAUUAAGGACUGAGAGUGCUACAUUCCUCCGAUAAAUAUUACGUUUGUCCGUGAAAGACACGUCUGAAGUUCAGACUCUGAACAAUUGUUAACCGACCCAACUGGCCAGUUAAAACGUCGGACACGUCCACAGCAUUUA